CCCAAAAGAAAUUUUCAAACUAUAUCUCUGCAGCCCAUAAAACUUAAGCCCAGUAGCCCACGAACGGGUCAACGCUGAAACAAAGAAGCUAGCGAAGCCCAUCCACACAUGAGCAAGCAACCGAAGCCAGCAGUCGUUCUCGUGUCGCAACGGGCGGCGGCGGCGGGUACUGGCGGCGCGGCUCCGCACGCUCCGGCCAGGCGGCCACCGCAAAUACACCUGCACGCUCGUCGUCGUCCUAGCGUAGGUACAAAUCAAGCCAUCAAGGGUCACACUCGAGACUCGACUGCAGGAAGCUCCUGGAACUUGGUUGCAGCCUGCAGGUGAUUUUUGCGAUCCCCAAUUUUUGCCCUAGUUUCUUUAUAAGUCCGAUUCUGCCAAGCUAGCAAUUAAUUGAGUAGAUGUGAUUGUUGAAUGGCUGAAUCAGGUUGAGGUAGCAAUGGUUCAACUGAAAACUCUCCAUUCAUUUUACAAAAGAAAACGAGAUGAUGAGCAGGCUGUUGUGGAAGGGGAAGACAUCUUUGAUUAUCCUCCCGUACUUGGGUUACCUGAUUUGGAACUGCAAGGACAAGGAGAACAAGAAGGAACAGCAGGAGGUCAGUUAGGAUUGGAUUCCCCAAGGGAAGAAGAAAACCAACAGGCAGAAGUAGAACCAGCAGAAGAUGCAGAAGAAGUAGGAGCAGGACGGAGUGAGGAAGAAGAAAUUGAAAUAAAUGAAUUUGUCAUAUUUCAGGGCAUUGAAUUUUUAGAGAGAGAUCCUGCGUUGCGUCCACAAAUUUGGCAAUACCCAAAUGAUCAGAGAGAUCAAGUCAAGCGAGCAUACUUGCAGUUAGGUCCCAUGCAGCCGUUAUUGAAGAAAUACAAGCCUUCUGGACCCAAAGGACAUCAACGCCGUUUCAAUUACAUUUGGUUUAGUGAAUUUCCUUCUUGGUUGGAAUACUCAGUGAGUAGCGGCCGUGCAUACUGUUUUUUCUGCUUUCUUUGCAGCAAAAAUAUAAAGAGGCGAGGUGGUUUCGAUGUCUUCACAGCACAAGGUUUUGACAGCUGGAAGAAAGUUAAUGAUGGGAAAAAGUGUGCAUUCUUGGUUCAUGUAGGAUCUACUCCUUGCUCACAUCACAACAAUGCAGUGAGAGAAUGUCAAGCUAUAUUGAAUCAACCAAAUCACAUAGAAAAUAUUUUUUAAGUGGCAACUGACAGGGAGAAGGAAAAAAAUCGUUUACGGCUGAGAACAUCAAUUGUAGCUGUUAAGUGGUUAACAUCUCAGUCGUGUGCUUUUAGAGGUCAUGAUGAGACAGCUCAGUCAAAAAAUAGGGGUAACUUUGUUGAAAUGAUACAACUUCUUGCAGAUUUUAAUCCUGAAAUUGCUAGUGUGGUUUUAGAAAGUGCUCCAAAAUUUUGCAAGUACACCUCACCUAAGAUCCAAAAGGAGAUAUUGAGUAUUUUUGCAAUGAAAGUCAGAAAGCAUAUCCGUGAGGAAAUCGGCAAUGCUAAGUUCUCUAUUCUUGUGGAUGAAACAUGUGAUGUGGCAAAAAGAGAGCAAAUGGCACUUGUUUUCAGAUUUGUUGAUAAAUAUGGUGUUUUACAAGAACGGUUCUUUGACUUGAUACAUGUAAAGAACACCAAAGCAUUGACACUAAAAGAGGAAUUAUGUUCUGUAUUGUCCAAGUAUUCCUUUGAUAUCCAGAACCUCCGUGGCCAAGGGUACGAUGGUGCCAGCAAUAUGAGGGGGGAGUUGAAUGGACUGCAAGCACUUUUUCUGAGAGAAUGUCCUUAUGCAUAUUAUGUCCAUUGCUAUGCACAUCGUCUGCAACUUGCUCUUGUCGCUGCAGCAAAGGAUGUGGUUCCUGUUACCCAAUUUUUUCAGCACCUGGUCUUUAUUGUAAACACAGUUGACUCAUCAUCAAAGCGUCACGACGAGCUCCAUGAUGCCCAAAUGGUUGAACUUGCACGCUUACUAGCUAUUGAUGAGCUUGAGACAGGUCAAGGAGCAAAUCAAAUCCACUCAUUGAAACGCCCAGGAGAGACUAGAUGGGGUUCUCAUUUUGGUUCUGUUUCUAGCCUUAUGGACAUGUUCAAUCCAGUAAGUUCAGUUCUACAAAAUUUAGCUGCUGAUUCAACAGCUGGUGCAAACCGUGCUGAUGGAGAUACUUCUUUCAAGUACCUGACAUCUUUUGAAUUUGUGUUUGUCCUAUGUAUGAUGAGGGAAAUUUUUGAAAUAACUGAACAACUUGGUCAAGCUCUACAGAAGAAAUCACAGGACAUAGUUAAUGCUCUUCGCCUAGUGCAAUCUACAAAAGUUCUUCUUGAGCAAAUGAGAUCUGAUGAUGGAUGGGAAACUUUUAUUUGCAAGGUUGUUGAGUUCUGUGUGGGUCAUGGUAUUGCUAUUCCGGACAUGGAAGGAACAUACAUUUUGCGUGGUGGUCGUGCUCGUCGUCAACCUGAUCACUUUACUAAUGAGCGUUACUUUCGAGUGGAAAUAUUUCGUGCAACAAUUAACACUCAGCUUGCUGAAUUAAAUUUGAAGUUCAAUGAGAAGGUGAUGGAUUUGUUGUCCAUUAGUGUUACACUGAUACCAAAAAAUGGAUUCGUAUCAUUCCAAGCAAAUGAGAUAUGCAAAUUGGUUGAGAAGUACUAUCCAGCAUAUUUCAAUCGACAAGAGAUGAUUGGAUUAGAGCGCCAGCUCAACCAUUUUGUUCUUGAUGCUUCUAGCAGUGCAGAUAUGACAAAUAUUGCAACUUUAGUGGAGCUUUGUCGAGUACUUGUUGAGACAGGACGACACAGGAUCUUUAACUUGGUUGAUAGAUUAGUCCGUUUGCUUGUUACACUGCCAGUUUCCACUGCUGCUGCUGAGCGUGCUUUCUCUAUCUUGAAGAUCACCAAGACAAGGCUGCGCAACAAGAUGGAAGAUGAGUACCUUGCCAAUAACUUGCUGGUCCAUAUUGAAAGUGAAAUUGUACGACACUACACCUAUGAUGAUAUAAUCACAGAUUUCAAGAAUCAGAAGAACAGAAGAGCAGACCUCUAGGUUGUGGUAGUCACCGGUGGUAGUCCUAUAUCUGACCUGUGUUUUGGUAUAAUGGUAUGCCUUGUCUAAGAGUCUCUACGGUCACUCGUAUUUUGUGAAUUGUGACACAACUACAUAAAUAUAUAGCUAAUGUUAUUCUAUAUAGACUUGUAAUGGUUACUGCAACAUUAUCAA